ACGCUUUACUUGCUUGAACUUCGUCGCUGCCACCGUUGAACUGUGUUUUUGGUUUUUAAGGCAGCCAGCCAGCCAGGCAGCAGCUGUUCUACUCGCUUAGAAAGCUGCCCUCCUCUCUGCUUUGUGGCCGACCGAGAAGCGCCGACGAAAUGACGUUAAUGUCGAGGAUUUAGCGAGUUAGGGUUGUUGAAUAGUUGAAGCCACCUGGAACGGAGCAGAACUGUUGACUUGUCACAAUGAGAAGCAGGAGCAACUCGGGCGUUAAACUGGACAACUAUGCCCGGAUGGUGCAACAAACUAUCCUGCAGCACCAAGAUCCAGUGACGGGUCUUCUGCCGGGCAGCCCUGAACAGUCUCACUCCUGGGUCAGAGACAAUGUUUAUUGCGUCCUUUCUGUGUGGGCGCUCAGUCUGGCCUACAGGAAGAACGCUGACAGGGACGAAGACAAGGCCAAGGCCUACGAACUGGAGCAGAGUGUGGUGAAGCUAAUGCGAGGCAUCCUUCAGUGCAUAAUGAGGCAGCUGGAUAAGGUGGAGAAGUUUAAGUACAGCAGAAGUACGUCCGACUCACUCCAUGCCAAGUACAACACCAAGACCUGUGCUCCGGUUGUCGGGGACGACGAGUGGGGUCACCUGCAGGUCGACGCCACCUCACUCUUCCUGCUCUUCCUCGCUCAGAUGACCGCAUCCGGUCUCCAUAUUGUCUACACCCAAGAUGAAGUAGACGUAGUUCAGAAUCUCAUGUUCUACAUUGAGGCGGCUUACAAAGUGGCUGAUUAUGGGAUGUGGGAACGAGGAGACAAAACCAACCAGGGCAUCACUGAGAUAAACGCCAGCUCUAUAGGCAUGGCCAAGGCAGCUCUGGAGGCUUUGGACGAACUCAACCUGUUCGGAGCAAAAGGAGGACCUGGAUCUGUCGUCCACGCUCUGGCUGACGACAUACAGCACUGCCAGUCCAUCCUGACCUCGAUGUUACCCAGAGCGUCCAUCUCUAAAGAGGUGGACGCCGGAGUCCUGGCGAUCAUCUCGUACCCCGCCUUCGCUGUGGAUGACAUCAGCAUCGUCAACAUGACCAAGGAGGAGAUCAUCUCUAAACUGCAGGGUCGAUACGGCUGCUGCAGGUUCCUCAGAGACGGACACAAAACACCUAAAGAGGAUCCAAACCGUCUGUAUUACGAGUCUGCAGAACUGAAGCUGUUUGAAAACAUUGAGUGUGAGUGGCCGCUGUUCUGGACCUACCUCAUACUGGAUGGCAUCUUUAUCAACAGCCCUGAGCAGGUGCAGGAGUACCAGGAGGCUCUGGAGGGCAUCCUGAUCAAACAGAAAGACGGAAUACGACUGCUGCCAGAGCUCUACAGCGUCCCCCCAGAUAAGGUGGAGGAGGAGUAUGUGAACCCUCACUCAGUGGAGAGGGUGCCGAUGGGCAAAUGUCCUCUGAAAUGGGGACAGUCUCUGUACAUCCUUGGAAACCUUCUGGCCGAGGGAUUUCUUGCUCCUGGAGAGAUCGACCCUCUUAACCGACGUUUCUCCACCGUCCCAAAGCCGGAUGUGGUCGUACAGGUGUCAGUUCUGGCAGAAACUGAGGAGAUCAAAGCGCUGCUGCUUAAGAACGGCAUUGACGUUGAAACGGUCGCUGACAUCCAUCCCAUCCAUGUGCAGCCCUCCAGCGUCCUCAGCCACAUCUACGCCAGACUCGGUCGUAACCCGAGGCUGGGUCUGUCGGGACGGCCCUACAGGAGAAUCGGAGUGCUGGGAACCUCCAAGUUCUACACCAUCAGAAACACCCUCUUCUCAUUCACACCCCAGUUCAUUGACCACCAGCAGUUUUACUUGGCGUUGGACAACAAAAUGAUUGUGGAGAUGUUGAGGACGGAAAUCUCCUACCUCGCAUCCAGAUGGAGGAUGACCGGACGACCCACCGUCACGUUUCCCAUUUCGCAAACUAUGCUGACUGAUGAGCACACAAACUUGGACCCUGUAGUGUUGGCCACGCUGAAGAAGCUACAGGAUGGAUAUUUUGGAGGAGCAAGGAUCCAGACGGGAAAGCUGUCGGAGUUCUUGACCACUUCCUGUUUCGCUCAUCUGAGCUUCCUGGACGGCAAGGGUUCUGGCAGCAUGAGCCACCGCCGCGAAGAGUAUGAUGAUGAUGAGAGUGACGGCGAUGGAUACGUGCAUGAGUUACGUAAUGAUGAUGAGGCUGAUGACCUCGCCCAGUACCUGGACCACCUGCUGGCCCACGCUACCCCGAAGAAGCCCAAACGGCACGUGGGAGCUCUGGGGAAGUUCAAGGCUUUGGCCACCAAAACUAAGGACAUGGUGUCUCUGAUGAACAAGGCUCAGGACCUCGACAUACAGAAUGUCAACAUGUACCUGCCGAACAAGCUGUUUCACUCCCCUCAGCCUUCCCUCAACCUGAACCUCCCAGACCCCUCCGCACUGCAAGAAACCCAGGCUUCAGAGGCGACAGCCUCAGCAAAGGCCGUUAUCCCCACAGAUGCCAGCGGAAACAUUGACUACAACGCUUUGGUCCAGCUGUUAAAAGACACCCAGAGUCUCCAGGACCAGGGUGAUAUACUCUACAUCCUCUUCAAAGACAAGGGCAUGGACUGGGACACUCAUCUGCACGGGAAAGGCUCUACGGUGAGAUCGCUGCUCUCUGACCUGUAUGAGAAGGCAGGGGAAGUCAAACACUGGGGCCUAAUCAGGAUGAUCUCUGGCAUGCUGAAGAAGAAAGUGGAGGAGCUUGACUCGGCCUGCUCUGACUUGCUGGCGCAUCAGAAGCACCUGACGGUGGGUCUGCCUCCGGAGCCCCGAGAGAAAACCAUCACUGCUCCCAUACCUCCAGACCAGCUGGCCGCUCUCAUAGACGAGGCCAGCGAAAACAACAUCAGCGUGGCCAUUCUCACUCAGGAGAUCAUGGUGUACCUGGCUAUGAGCAUUAGGACUCAGCCCAGUCUGUUCAGCGAGAUGUUCAGGCUCCGUAUCGGUCUCAUCAUCCAGGUCAUGGCCACUGAACUGGCCCAGUCGCUCAACUGCUCAGGAGAGGAGGCUACAGAGAGUCUGAUGAGCCUCGACCCAUCAGAGCUGAAGAAUCUCCUCCACCACAUCCUCAGUGGGAAAGAGUUUGGAGUGCAGUGCAGCGUUAGAGAGCUGGAUACCGGCGUCAGUUCUGCCAUUUCCAUCCAUCAACUGGGCAACGUGGGCGCCACCAAGAGCGAGAGAGCCGGCAUCAGCAAACUGAAGAGCGACAUGAAGAUGCUGGAACCCAGCUUGUCUUUGACGGAUCCGUGUAAGGCGGAGCACAGGUUGUCCUUGUCGGAUCCGUUUAAGGAACCCCGGUUGUCUCUGACAGAUCCGGCCACGGAGAUGGACCGAAGUGUGUCUUUGACUGACUCAGUCAAGCUGGACCAGUCACUGACCUUCUCGUGCAAGAGCAUGCGAUCUCAGUCUCUGGACAUUGAAAGCUUUGAAUCUGGGCGGUACAAGAUGCAGUCCAUAGAAUCUUUGGACAUACCCGAAUGCUUGCCGGUCGCCAAGGAUUCCAGACACGGCCAAUGGCUGCGCAGGAGGCGUCUGGACGGAGCCUUGAACCGAGUCCCUGUGGGCUUCUACCAGAAAGUCUGGAAGAUCCUGCAGAAGUGCCACGGUUUGUCCAUAGAAGGAUUUGUCCUCCCUUCUUCAACCACCAGAGAGAUGACACCAGGAGAGAUCAAAUUCUCCGUCCAUGUGGAGACGGUUCUGAACCGCGUCCCUCAGCCUGAGUAUCGGCAGCUGCUGGUGGAGGCCAUCCUGGUGCUCACCAUGCUGGCCGACGUGGAGAUCCCGAGCAUCGGCUCCAUCAUCCACGUGGAGAAGAUCGUCCACAUGGCCAACGACAUGUUCUACAAGGAUCAGAGAGACCUGGGAGCAGAAGAGCACUUCCUGGAGCGGGACCCGUCCACCGGAGUGUGCAGGCUGCUGUACGACAGCGCCCCGAGUGGCCGCUUUGGGAGCAUGACCUACCUCACCAAGGCCGUGGCGGCAUACGUGCAGGACUUCCUGCCCAGCGGGGCGUGUGCGGUGCAGUGAGAGCAUGAAUCACGAAACCAGAUCAGGGGUGAAACCGCUAAAAAAGCUAAAAUUUGCAACAGUUCUCACAUUAAAGUUACAAUAAAAUUAACGGUACAUAAAUAUGUAUAUUGUCACUAUGUGUGUUAGUGCAGAGUGUAAUAGAAAGACGCAUGUUACAGUAAGUUCUAUUUAUAGGCUUUAUGUGAAGAUCUUAUGAUGAUCUGUGAUAUGUUUUUAAGUAAAAUGGGCAUUGACACCGGUUUAGUCCCUGGUGUUUCGGCGUCCAUGUCUCCAUGGCAACCCACUCUUCGCCUGUGCAAAGGUCACAGGUAUAUCAUUUUAUUUGGGAAAAGGGGGUUCAGAAAUUUCUU